AUUUUUAUAAUAAUCAAGUAGGAACUUCAAUCUGCAAAUAAAGUUGUCAUCUUCUAUAACAAAUGAAUCGUACAUAGGUAUGCCGGCCUAGUCUUUUUAUUGCUUCAUGCGGCUGAUUGCUUUUUCAUCAAGAAGAAAUUUGUCGCCACCGUCUUUCGUUGCCCACAUCGCCACACUCGAUCGACUAAAAAUCCACGGCACUCGAGUCGCGCCACCCUCAACACAUCAGUAGAUCUAGCCUCCAAAACUUUGGUGAUCCUCGGUGUAAGUAUAGUUGGGUUUAGAAGGCCACCUUUGCUUGUCGGUGGUCCACUGCCGCCCUUGCUUGUUAGUUGUAUAGCGCCGCCAUCCCUUGCAUGUCUUCCUGUGCUACUGUACGUUUUCGCCGUUGUCGCCGCUGUUGCCGCUAGCCAUCCAGCCUUAUCGCAAAACUCAAGAAUGGAAAACAAAACUCAUACUCCGUGGAAUGCAAACUAACCUGCUCAAGAUAAGAUGUGUAAUGAAAGAAUGCCUAUUUAUGUGACCGUGGCACUUGAAAUGAUAGGAGGAGUUGUUCAGAUGAGUGCGGCAAAGUCUCAAUAUAAAAUGGUACGUAAAUCAGUAAAUAGUUAUAUGUGUUUAGUCAUUAUUAUAAUGUCUUUCUGGUAGAUGAGUAAAGUAUGUACUAGCCUAUGUUCAACCAAAACGUGAGUUUCAUGGGGCACAUGAAAUGUACAAAUUAAUUUUUUAGAGUAUUUUCAAAUAAUUAUUGUAGAGUUAUCGAAAUUCGAAAUGAAAAAGCAAUUCUUUCUAUAAAGUUUUUGUACUUCAUAUCAUAACCCAGCGGGGUCAUCUGAUGUACCAUAAUACCAACAUUAAAAUAUCAAUAUGUAUAUGGGCUUUACAAUUAUACAUUGAUACACAUAACCAAUUUCUUUGCACAAAGAAUUAAUUAUGUGCGUCUGGUCUCCAUACAUUGCUUUUUGUUCCCAAGACCCGGGUCUGUGAUGCGGCAGCGAGCGACGGCAUUAAAAUGCGUUUGAAUGUUGUAGGAUUGAUGCUUCUUAUUUGUCAUAUAUAUGCUACCUGCUUCUUUGGAUGUAAAGUCAUCCCCCGUGCUCCGGAUGGACCGGAUGUGCCCGAUUCCAUGAAGAUAUAUGCAAAAGUUUAUUUGGUGAUUUCAUGGUUCACUCCGCUCUCAUUGGAGUUGGCCUUAAUGACUACGUUGAUGGAAGUGUUCAUUGUUACCCCUGACAAAUUCCUUGAUGAAGCCAAAUCUCAAAUCAAUCUGUCGUAUACCAUUUGGUAUAGACAGGAUAAGACAAUCUUGAGCGCUCUUCUCAACAGCUGUUCCGACACCAUUCAGCCGGUGAUGUCCUCUUCACCAAUGGCGAAACAUGCAUAGAACAAGUUAUCUGGCACCUACGCCAGUAGUUCGCGUGGCCGGAUCAUUUCACUCAAAACAAUUAUGGCACCUACAACCAAGGGCUCUCGUCUAAUCAUGGCAUAUCUUUCUGAAAUCCAGACGUUUGCGGAUGCAUUGGCUCUCGCUCUGUAACACCGUCCCCAAAUAUAUUUACUUUUAUGUAAAUAAUGUAUCGAACCUUAUUAAAGGAUUAAUGAAUUUACGAAGUUGUAAAUAGUAAAUUGCACGUGGGACCCACACCGGGAGCGGGGCCGCCCGACACUCCCGAGACCACAUAUUUUAUUCAUCUUGGUCAAGAUAAU